AAGAUGAAAGAAGGGGGGAGGGAGGAGGCUGUGGCGAUGGAAAAGGGCGAGGAGGAAGACGAAGAGGAGGACGACGAUGAAGGAGGAGGAGGAGGAUGAGGAGAAGGAGGAGGAGGAGGAGGGAGGUAGUGGCGACAGAGAAGGACGACGAGGACGACGAAGAGGAGGACGACAACGAAGAAGGAGGAGGAGGGCCCGACGAUGGAGGAGGCAGAGCAAAUGGAGGAGGAGGAGGAGGAGGAGGACGACGAAGAAGAAGAAGAGGGCAAGGAGGAGGAGGACGAAGAAGAGGUGGAGGAGGAGGAGGCCACGGCGAAGGAGGAGGAGGAGGGAGGUACCGCGAUGGAGAAGAACGAGGAGGACGACGGCGAAGGAGGAGGAGGAGGAGGAGGUCCCGACGAUGGGGAAGGAGGAGGAGGUGGAGGAGGAGGAGGAGGAGGAGGAAGAAGAGGAGGAGGACGAGGACGAGGACUGGGAAGGGGAUGAGGGAGAAGCGGAGGAGGAACAACAGGAGGAAGAACAAGAGGAAGAAUAGGAGGAAGAACAAGAGGAAGAACAGGAGGAAGGCCCGCCGAUGGAGGAGGAGGAGGAGGUCACGGUUUUUUUUUUUUUUUUUUUUUUUUUUGUCUGUUUAAUCAAUCACUCACUCACUC